CGCCGCAGAGGACACCCACCACGUCGCCCAUUCCGACAAGCCCAUUGCAAGACCGCACGCCGCCCGCGGUACUCGUCGCCCCGCCCACCACGCCUACCGAAAUCACAGUCCGCCCAUCGCGCCGCUAGCUUGCAGCAAAGGAAAGGCCACGUUAGGCGGAGCAGAAGGACACAACACAACUGUUUGAAGACGGGCUCGCGGCGGGCGCCUGCACCCCACAGCCAUGGACAAGAAGCACGAGGACGUCGGCGGAGUGGCACAGAUCGACAAGACCUCCGUCUUCCAGGAAGCACGAGUAUUCAGCCAGAGCCCCAUAUCGCCGCGGAAAUGCAGAGUGAUUCUGACCAAGCUUGCGCUGCUGCUCUUCACCGGUGAGAGCUGGGGCAGACAGGAAGCUACCAACCUCUUCUUCGGCAUCUCCAAGCUCUUCUCUAACAAGGAUGCCGCCCUCCGCCAGAUGGUCUACCUCGUCCUCAAGGAGCUCGCCGGCAACGCAGACGAUGUCAUCAUGGUCACCGCCUCCAUCAUGAAAGACACCUCCGUCGGCAGCGACGUCGUAUACCGCCCUAAUGCGAUCCGCGCCCUCUGCCGCGUCAUCGAUGCCUCAACCGUCCAGGCCAUUGAGCGCCUUGUGAAGACGUGCAUUGUCGACAAGAACCCUUCCGUUUCCUCGGCCGCGCUCGUUUCCUCGUACCACCUCCUCCCCGUCGCAAAGGACGUCGUCCGGAGAUGGCAGUCAGAAGCGCAAGAAGCGGCAUCGGGUCCCAAAUCGGGCGGUUUCUUGGGUGGCUUCGGAGGCAGCUCGCACAACACGCUCCAGGCGAGCACAAACUACAUGACCCAGUACCACGCCAUUGGCUUGCUGUACCAGAUGCGCUCAGGCGACCGCAUGAGCCUGGUCAAGAUGGUGCAGCAGUACUCCGCUGCGGGCGUUGUCAAGAGCCCUGCUGCUACCGUUUUGCUCGUCAGACUCGCCGCCAAGCUCGCCGAGGAGGACCCCAAUCUGCGCAAGCCCAUGGUCCAGCUCCUCGACGGCUGGUUGCGCCACAAGUCCGAGAUGGUCAACUUCGAGGCCGCAAAGGCUAUUUGCGACUUGCGUGGCGUUACCGAUGCCGAGCUUGUGCAGGCGGUCCACGUUCUGCAACUGUUCCUCACCUCUCCUCGCGCAGUGACCAAGUUCGCCGCGUUGAGGAUACUGUCGACCAUGGCCUCGUUCAAACCGGAUGCUGUCCGAUCAUGCAACCAGGACAUCGAGUCGCUCAUCACAAACUCCAACCGCAGCAUUGCCACCUUCGCCAUCACAACCCUCCUCAAGACGGGCAACGAGUCUUCCGUGGAUCGCCUGAUGAAGCAGAUCACUGGAUUCAUGGCUGAGAUCACAGACGAGUUCAAGGUGACUAUCGUGGAAGCAGUCCGCACGCUGGCACUCAAGUUCAAGUCGAAGCAGGCCGGUUUCCUUGCCUUCCUCAGCGGCAUCCUCCGUGACGAGGGUGGCUACGAAUUCAAGCGCUCCGUGGUCGAAGCCAUUAUGGAUCUCAUUCGUUUCGUUCCGGAAGCCAAGGAGGAUGCCCUGGCCACGCUUUGCGAGUUCAUCGAGGACUGCGAGUUUACCAAGCUCGCAGUGCGCAUUCUUUUCGUCCUCGGUCGGGAAGGUCCCUCUACGCCACACCCGACCAAGUACAUCCGGUACAUCUACAACCGCGUCGUGUUGGAGAAUGCUAUUGUCCGUGCAGCUGCCACUUCCGCGCUUGCCAAGUUCGGCGUUGGCCAGAAAGAUCCUGAGAUCAAGAAAUCCGUUCACGUGCUCCUCUCUAGAUGUCUUGACGAUGUAGAUGACGAAGUCCGAGAUCGUGCGGCGCUCAACCUCAGAUUGAUGGACCAAGACGAUGAUCUCGCCAUUAGCUUUGUUCGCAACGACUCCAUGUACUCACUACCCACCCUCGAGCACCAGCUCACCAUGUACGUCAGCUCCGACUCCAAGGACACGUUCACAGACGCUUUCGACAUCACCAAGAUCCCCACCGUAUCCCGCGAACAGGCAGACGCAGCAGAUCUCAGCAAGAAGACCGAAGGCUCCACGCCCAUACUCAAAGCCCCCAGCGCUGCCAAAGCACCCCCCAAGACUGGCGCAGACGCAGCCGCCUCGGCGACAGCAGCUACACAAAAGUACGCCGAAGAGCUGCAGAAAAUUCCCGAGCUUGCCGCGCACGGUGGCCUGCUCAAGUCGAGUGCAGUGGUCGAGCUCACCGAGUCGGAGACGGAAUACGUCGUCACCGCCGUCAAGCAUAUCUUCAAGGACCACGUUGUCCUCCAGUAUGAUGUCAAGAACACGCUUCCCGACACCGUGCUUCUGGACGUCGAAAUGGUGGUUGCCGCCGAGGACGACGACUCAGGCCUAGAGGAGGACUUCAUCAUCCCCGCGCCCAAGCUACCCACCAACGAGCCAGGCACCAUUUAUGUCUCGUUCAAGCGCCUCGAGACGGAGUCGCAGUUUAUCGCCACAUCCUUCACCAACACGCUGAAGUUCGUCAGCAAGGAAAUCGACCCUAGCACUGGCGAGCCCGAGGAGGGCGACGGCUACCCCGACGAGUACCAGGUCGAGGACCUCGACCUCAACGGCGCAGACUACGUCGUCCCCGCGUAUGCGGGCAGCUUCGACAACGUGUGGGAGCAGAGCAACAGCGAUAGCGCGACCGAGACGCUGCAGCUGAGCAAUAUGAAGAGCAUAGCGGACGCCACAGAACAGCUUAUCAAAGCGCUGUCCCUGCAGCCGCUUGAGGGCACAGACGUCCCGCUGCAGCAGAGCACGCACACGCUCAAGCUGUACGGCAAGACGAUCACGGGGGGCAAGGUCGCGGCGAUGGUGCGGAUGGCGUUUAGUGCGAAGACGGGUGUGACGAUGAAGAUUGAGGCGCGGAGCGAGGAGGAGGGGGUUGCGGCGCUGGUGGUGGGGAGUGUGGCAUAGUACUGAGGCGUGGGGAUACACUUGGGCAGCGGGGAUUGCUUGGUAGUGGGAGGAGGUUGUAGAAUAAGAUCGCAGUCAAGGAAAGGAAGGGAUGGAAAAGAAAGGAAUGACAUGUUACAAC